AUGCAAAGUUAAUUCUCUAGUUUAUACCCUCAAUUUAAUGAUUUAGAGGAAAUUCGAUAAUUCAUAACAAGUAAAACAAAUACUGUUGAUCUCAGUCUUCAAUCGCCUCCCUUCCUGUCAUCCUUUUUUUAGCCUUUGAGAAAGCAAGCUUUUUAAAAUUACUUUGCAGCAAAAGUAACUGAUUUAAAUUAGAGGAAGAUGGCAAUCUAUAAAUUCAUCUAAUUGGUCGAUAUUGAAAUAUUGAGUUUAUUUUCAGAGCAGAUCAUAAAACCAUAUUAGAAUUUGAUAUUGGUUAGACAUUAUGGAAUCCCUUAAGAUUUGGACGUUGAGAAAUUGAAAUUGGAUAACUCCACUUUGGGAGCCUUAAAUGAUUUGGCAAGUUCUAUAGCUUAGUGGAAUCUAUAAAUUGAAAUAGUAGUCGACAAUAUUACAAGAGUUUAAUUAUAUGACCUUUGGGUUCCAUCAGGAAAGGUCAAAGAGGCUCAAUUGACAGCUGAAAUUAAGGGAAUUCUCUCACCAGCUGAUGAUUUUGAUUUUAAGACUUAUUCAAAACAUAUUUUAAUAAGAUUGUUAGCCUAGGGAGCUGAGAAAUUUGGUAAGUACUUAUAUUCAAAUGGGUUAUCCGAAUCUAAUUUGUCAUAUGGAGCAGCCUUGGUAAUCUAUCAUGCCUUAGUUGGAAAGUCUGCAUUGCCAUGGAAUGUCAUAAUACCUAACGUGUCAUUAAAGUGGCUGUUUGGUGGAGUAAUUGGCUCUUUGGCUUUGGGAAAGGUGUCUACAUAUUUAGAGAAAUGUGAUUAAGGUGUGCAGAAGUAUUCUAAGAAAUAACAAAGCUUUUUGAUUAAUUUCAAUGAGACCUUAAACACAGCUAUAAGUGAAGUGUUAUUGACAGUAAACGAAGAAUAAGAGAAGGAGAAGAAACAAAACUUGGCUAAUCUGAUUGAUUAAUUCCUUCAAUCACCUGAAUCGAUUAAGGAUGGUUAGACUGAAAUCAUUACUUGUGAAGAUAUUAUUAAACAUGAACAAGAUGAGUGGUAAGUAAUUUAAUGA